AUGGCCCCGCCCCCUCGAAAACGCCGUAAAGCGCCUACAAACCCCAUCGAGGCGGCGAACCGCAAAACCGACGACCAGUUCAUCAAAGACUACCUGCAACCAAGUUCAGACUGGACAUCGUGGACGCACCCCAAAAGCAGCAAACCCUAUGCCCUCUCGCUCAAGUCCUCGUCGGCGCUCGCCCAGCCCGAGCUGCAGGCCUGCUUCGACCUCAUUGAGCACACCAGCGGUGCAGACUACCGUGCUUCUAAGGAUGGGUGGAAACCAUUGAGUAAGUUGAAGGAGAUGAGAAGUCCCGAACUAAGGUACAUCCUUGUCAAAGAAGCAGUGGCAGCGGCAGGUGGUGACGGUGACGAUGGCGAAAAGGCGGACGAGGAGAGCGGCAAGGGGAAAAUAUGCGGUUUCACGAGCCUGAUGCCGACGUUCGAGGAGGGCGACCCCGUGGUUUACUGCUAUGAGAUUCAUCUCAUGGAGGAGUUGAGAGGCACCGGCAUGGGCCGCAAACUCAUGGACCACCUCGUCCAGGUGGCGGAGAGCAUCCCCAUCAUCGAAAAGGUGAUGCUGACGUGCUUCCUCGCCAACGCCAACGCGCGCGCGUUCUACGAGAAGCUGGGGUUCGAACGAGAUGCGAUCUCGCCGGUGGAGAGGAAGUUGCGGUUCGGCAAGGUGUUUGUGCCGGAUUAUCUCAUCAUGAGCAGGAGGGUGCGCGGCGGGAGUAAGAGACUGAAGGCACAGACCGGUGACGGUGAGAACGCAGAGGAUGAGAAUGGUGAUGCAGCGUGA